AUGAUUGGAACAAUUGUUAAUGUAUUAGAAUUUUCUUUUAUCAUUAUGGCUACAUUUCAAGCUUUAUUAUCAUUUGCUAAACCAACAAUAAAAAAUGUUUUUGGAGGUAUGUUAUAUAUACUACCAAUUUCAAUUAUUUUGCCUUACUUCGUUGCAAAAGCUGAAGCUAAAGAAAUUGAAGAUCACUAA